CCAGUGCGCCUGUCCGCAGACGCACAGUCUUCACCGACCUCACAGCGCAGACAAGGACAGAGCCGACAUGGACAGAGUGUCUAACCACAACCAAAUGGAUUAUAACUUUGACGGCGUGGAGCCCAAGCACGGGAAAAUGCUGCUGGACGAGCGGCUGGACAGCGGCCUGGACUCCCUGAAGGAGGACGAGCUGGUCCGGGACUUUGACGACAUUACGAUCAGCCCCGCGGAGGACUUCAAGCACGAGUACGAGCCUUGGAGGACCGCCGUGACCGAAGACGGUGACACGCUGCUACACUUGGCCAUCAUCCAUGAAUCCACCGAACAUGCCUUCCAUAUGAUCAAGUUGUCUCGCAAUCACCCUUUCCUCAACGUGCAGAACCACCAGAGACAGACGGCCCUCCACCUCGCCGUGAUCACGGAGCAGCCGCAGCUGGUGGACAGACUCCUGAAGGCCGGCGCCGACCCGCUGCUGGCCGACGACAGCGGGAACUCGGCCCUCCACAUCGCCUGCAAGCGGGGAUCCCUGGCCUGCUUCGGCGUCAUCACCCAGAACUGCCAGCGCCACCUCACCGCCAUGCUGUCCUUCCCCAACUACAGCGGACAUAACUGUCUCCACUUGGCGUCCAUCAACGGCUACAUCUCUCUGGUGGAAAGCCUGGUCCGGCUGGGCGCAGACAUCAACGCACAGGAGCAGUGCAGCGGUCGGACGGCGCUCCACCUGGCCGUGGACCUCCAGAACGCCGCGCUGGUGCGCCGCCUCCUGGAGCUCGGCGCCGACGUCAACUGCCUGAACUACGGCGGCUUCGCGCCGUACCACCUCACGUACGGGCGCCAGAACGAGGAGAUCCGCACGCAGCUGUUUGACAAGACGGCGCAGGAGCUGAGGGCGCUGCCCGAGAGCGAGUCGGACGAGAGCGACAUGGAGGACCUGGACCUGUCGGAGGACGAGCUGUACGACGACAUCAAGUUCGGGAAGUAAAAAGGCGUCCCUGGACUCGGUGGUGCGAGUGUCAAGCUGCUAAAGGGUCUGCCGGCGUUAACGGCCCCCCCGCCCAGAACAAGGGACAGAUCAGCCCCCCAACCCCCCCAAAAACCCAAACCCCAGCGUCCAGGGGUUCAGGUCCGCCGGAGCUGGCCCUGGGGAACGCAGACGAGAAGGAAGACGGCGUCGGAGUCUGGUCGAGUCCAGUCAGGAUCACUGAAGGAUCUGCACCGAAAUGUAACUGAGCGACGAGACGAGACGCCGCGCGCAACUGUACAGAGACAGAUACUGAUGUGUAUAUAGCAGACACGUGUAACAUACUGUAAAUACAGAGAUAUUUUUUUAUACCUGUGUGAAUUUAAACACUAUUAACGAAAAUGUUCUGAAUAAUAAAUCUUUAUCCACAUGAAAA